AUGGUUACAAUGGUGUACGCGUUGAUUGGCAUCCCAUUGAUGUUAGUGUACUUGUCAAGCAUCGGCGGUCUGUUAGCGUGGUGCGCCCGAGGAAUAUUUACCAGGUAAUUAAUGUCUAUUUAUUCAAUUUCCGUUGUUGGGAUUCCAUUUAAUUGCAAAAUGCUAAUGAAACGCCACCUAUAUACUCGUAAUGCACAAUAGUAGUAUUAUUUCUAUAACUAUAACUAUUAUUAAAGAUAUUCGUUCGUGGAUAAGUCGGAAGGUUUAUUUUAAGUAUCCCGAAUUAUAACAGUCAUUGGAGUAAUACGCAAGACUUUUCAAUGGGGGGAAGGGCAAACUAAAAACAAAAAUGUGUUACAAAAUACAUAGUUGCGUAUGGCCUAAUAGAGCAAAUGUGCAAUUAUUAUUAUUUUAUUAUUGAUAAGUUUACGAAUAAUAUUGAGUACCUAUACGAACAGGGUAAAAAUUCUCUUACACCUUCUCUGACUGAAAAGAAAAAUAUUAAAUAUUGUAAAUUUAAUUGCUCCGCUAAAUUUAUUAAAUAUGGACUUGUAAAGUAGUUCAUAUUACAAAUAAUAUAAUAUGAUUAUAAUCUGAUUAUAAUCUGAUUAAACCGAUAAACGUUGAAUUUACAAACCACCUGUGUAUGAACCAACUAUUUACGAUGAAAUUUUCAAACCCGAAUUAAUUUUUCGAUUUUAAACCUGUAAACUUGUUGCAUCGUUUCUAAAUUUAAUUUGAUUUCAAUUCGAUUAUUACGAAACAAUAAAACCUACAACUUGUCAUAAUUAUUAUUAUUGAACAGAAAAAUGUUUCCCGUAAUAACGACAAUCGGAUAAUAGAGAUAAAUAUUAUUGUGUUGCCAUAAAAUUGUAUACAUAUAAGUUGCAACAUUGUUAUAAGUUUUAUAACACAAUCAGUGUUCGAAAAUUUGGAACGAAAGGGUCGAGAUUCUCUACAAUUUUCAAUUCUUUUUAGGUCCCAUUUUUUUUUUUUUUCAAUUCAGUUUUAUUAUUUCCUGUAUAUUGCCCUUUUGCUCUGUAUAAAAUAAUUGACUCAGCCAAAAUCUAAUCAUUAACAGUUUAUGUUACGAAAAUAAAAAAUACGGACAUACUUCACACGUAGGUGGGUCACGGUUGUAGGUGAGUAGUUGGGAAGGAAAUUGAAUGUAUAUCUGUACGGAAUGCUUAAUCAUUGCUAACGAAAACGGUUCUGAGAGGAGUGCGGUUAAUAGUGUCGCUUUGUCAACAGUAUAUACCUAUGUCAUAUUAUGGUAAAACAAUUAAAUAGAUAUUAUAUAUUUUCAUUAAUUAUAUUUGUUUAAUAUUUUACCGAUUUUCCCGGUUUUCCCGUGUUUUUAUCGGUUUUUCACAUUUGCUGAGAAAACUCCCGAGAAAAUCGAUAAAUGACCUCCCAAAAGUGCCACCCCAAGAAAAUUUCCUUUCAGAAAAAAAUCUAUGCCGUAUACAUUGGAGUAAGUUUUCUGGUAAAAAAAAGUGUUCACAUAAAAAAAAAGAAAUAAACUUCUUUGUAAAACCAAUACAUUCUUUGUUCCACUCAGAAUCUAAAAAUGAAUUGAAUCGGUCAUUCAAAAAUCAAAUCCGUAUCCCAUACUAUGUAUUUACUUUAAGUAUUUACACAGUGUCAAUAAAGCACAACAAUAUAGUAAAAUCGGAUGUGUAUUUGUUGCAGGUCGUUGUGCUGUUGCCUGUGCUCAAAGUGCGGGUACUGUUGUUACGACGAGAAGCUAAUGGAGGAGAAAGAGCGACGGAUGAAAUUGAAGCGCGAGCGGAAAGAGUACGACAUGCAAAUGAAAACGUUCUCGGGACACGCGCUCGAACCGUACUAUGUGCGACCCGGUGACACGGACAACGUGUUCCAGAGGGUGUCAGACCGAGCGGCAGCUAUGGCGGCCACAUCGGCGGCUACCACGUCAGCUUCCGCCGCGGCAGCAGCGGCCGAACUGGCCGCGGCCGCCGCGGCGGCAGACAGCGCCAGUUUCGUGCCGUUGCUGUUAGUCGGGUUCGCGUUCAUGUCGGCGUACAUUGGCUGUGGCGCGGCCGUCUUGUACCGGCUGGACGCCGGCAGCGGCGGAGGCGGCAGAACGUACUUGGACUGCGUGUUCUUCUGUUUCAUGCUGCUUAGCACCAUCGGGUACGGCAACUCACGGUCACUAGAGUUAACGCUCACCAGUACGGUGACCGUGUGGUUUUGUUCCGUGUACAUACUGUCCGGCAUGGCACUGACGGCCAUGUGCUUCAACAUCGUUCAUCACGGCGUGUCCACCAAACUUAAAACGUUCUACCAGCCACCGGCGGCAGCGUCCGCGUCGUCGACGGUCAGCAGCGGCGUCGGCCCAACUCAACAAUACGAAAACUGCGUCAUAACCGGUGGCAGUAUUAGUGACUUGACGUCGUCGCACGGUAUCGCUGUCACCACAGGCGGCGGCGGCGGUACAGACUCCUGACACACGCGUUACCGCGGUGCUGGCCACCGCGGUCCGUCCGACUGCAACGUCGAUGACACAGACGACUGCGGUGGCCGCGGUUCGGUUGGUGCCAGUCGCUGCGUCGACGGCGACGACUGUUGUGCCGUGGCCGUUACCGGUAGUGCCGUGGCCAUGACCAACUACAUCGGCCAUAACGGGUACCCGCAACCCGAGAUUGUGGCAAUAGCUACGGGUAAAUCCAGCGGCACUGCGUCCGCUGCCAACGCUAUCGAUCAGACUGCACUGGCCGCCGACUGUUUCGACAUCAAGUUUGGGAGCGUCAUGCAGGAACCACCGCCGUCCAUGUCGGUGGUUGACCUGACCAAUUUGGACACGAUAGCGGAGGCGGACGAUUCCGUCGAAAUGUAAAUUCACGAGAUUCGCCUUUUCAUAACCCGGCCGGAUGGACGCACCAAGUGUAAACCGCGAUUACUUAUUGUGUUUUUAAGUUUUUCGCUGUUUUUUUUUUUUUUUUUUAAUGACAAGUAACAGGGAUAACUACUGGUAUUUUCAAAAAUCUUAAUCUAAAUCAUAUUAUAAAAAUCUAUAAUGGUUGAGAAACUUAUAGGUAGGUACUCGACAACUCGAUUGUUAUGCCUAACUUAUCUCUGAAAAGUUGUCUAUAUUGUUCUGAUACUCCGUUGAUCUUUAUUCUAUGCCUGGUUUUCAUUCAAAAUUAUCAUAUUUCAACUCGGAUAACGUGAUCGUUUAUAUGUUUAUAACCUCUGU